AUGGCAACAUCAACAAAACAGCCAUGUGUCAAAUGCAGUAGUGGAAAAACAAGUGGUAUAUUUGCAUGUUCGGGGUGUCAAAUGAUGUUUUGUCGAAAACAUUCAAACGAACAUCGCCAAGAACUAUCAAAAGAGUUGGAUAAUGUCAUAUACGAGCAUGAUUUAUUGAAACAACAGCUAACGACAGAAACAUCGGCAAGGCCGCCUGAUCAUCCAUCGCUGAGACAGAUUCAACAAUGGGAACAGGAGUCCAUAGAAAAAAUACGAAUGACAGCUCAGAAAGCUCGACAACAAGUUGAUAGAUUAGUGAAUAGAAAUAAAGAAGAAAUACUGAAACAAUUCCGUUUAAUAACAACACAAUUACAACAUGGAAGGCAAGAAGAUGAUUUUGUUGAAACAGAUUUAGAUAGGUGGAUGCAACAAUUGUACAAAUUCAAAAGUGACUUGAAUUCGUCAUCAAGUGAAGGUAUUAUCGACAUAGAUCCAUCAUCGUCGAUCACAAUGAUUAAUGUCAAACUAUAUUCAACUGAAAGAAAACCUGGUAAAUUAUUGUGUGCUUUUGCAACAUAUAAGAUGCCGACAAUGCAGAAUUUGAGCAAAAUCUUCUCCCAGUUCACUUGA